AUGAAGAGAAGACGGCAAACCCAACGGGGCAAGAAGUGGGAUCACCUCCGAACAGCCGAGCCUGUGAUCAUACCGAACCACAUGAUGCGCUAUGCAGACUCGACCUCGCCGUGGACGAACUACGUCCAGGCCUCAAAGUACGGCCGAAUACCUGGCGAGAGGUCGCAGCACGUUGACUCGGAGAAGCUUGACGAGUUAAUGCCCGGGUUCAAUGACGAACGUGUCCCUCAUCUAUCAGACACCAUGGAGCAGCGGAUACAGAGGAGCAGGAGGAAGGCACUGCACGAGCAGGUAUGGCGCCUGCUUCUUAACAACCCGCUGGUGCCUGCUCUGCUGAGGCUGUUCGUCCUGGUGACAUCGGCCAUCUCGCUCGCGUUUUCGGGCAAUCUCUGGCUGCUGUACAGCGGUAGGGAAGGCGGGCCUGGGGCGACACUCCGCUCUCAAUGGAUCGUGGCGAUCGUGGUGGAUUGUAUUGUCAUGCCAUAUGUGUGUUAUAUGACUUGGGAUGAGUACCAAGGCCUGCAGCUGGGAUUGCGAUCGCCCAUGGAGAAGGUGUCGCUCACGCUGAUGGAUCUGUUCUUCAUCAUAUUCAAGUCGGCGAGCACCACACUGGCUUUCGACUCUCUGAAUAUCAACAACAGUCCCAGGGACCAGAAUGUCAAGAUGAAGGCCCUGGCUUCAUUCCUGCUACUUGGCCUGUUCGGGUGGAUACUGAACUUCUCAGUGAAUGUGUUUAGGUUGGUCCGCAGACUAGGAGGAGAAGAGGAUAGGAGACCGCUCUCUUAG